ACAUAAGACCAAAGUGAGAGCAUUGAAGGAAUGAUCACAAAAAUCUAUGGCAGCUCGCAGAUCCCGUAUUUUAUGCCAUUACUGUAUGUAUUCUAAUGCGUGCGGUAGAAUCCAUGGAGUAAACUGCGGGCGCGCGAAAACUGCACGGGUACGGUACGGAGUCGGAGUGAAAGACGCGGCGUGCGAAACUAGACUGCAAGUUUAUUGGGGUUAGAACAUCAAGCUUACUGCCUACUGGUGACGAAAACAGUCGUGUUUACCAUGAAGUUUACGGCACUCCACAGUGGACUGAAAAUGCCCCUAAUUGGUUUAGGAAGUGAUAAGCUGCUUGGCCAUGACGUCGUGUACAACGCGCUUGAUGCUGCAUUCAAGUCGGGCUACAGACUAAUCGAUACAGCAGCCUGCUACAGAAAUGAGAAAGACAUUGGCGACUGUUUGCUGGAACUCCUUCCAAAACAUGGCUUAAGCCGGGAAGAUAUAUUCCUGGAAAGCAAACUUGAUCCCAAGGACCAUGGCUUAGAGGAAGCCUACACAGCCUGCUUGGAGUCCCUCGCUAAGCUGCAGACAGACUACUUGGACCUGUACCUCAUCCACUGGCCAGCCAAGGCCAAGAUCAAGUCGGAUGAUCCAAGACACGCUGGCUACAGGAAAGAGUCGUGGAUGGCCCUGGAAAAGCUGUACAAAGAAGGCAAAGUGAAGCACAUUGGCGUCUCCAACUACACCCUGAAACAUCUAGAAGAGAUGGCUUCCUAUGCUAGCAUACAGCCAGCUGUCUUACAGGUGGAGUACCAUCCAUUGCUUGUCCAGAGGGACCUGCUACAGUGGUGCAAAGCUAACAACGUUCUCCUGCAGACAUACAGGUCACUUGGAAAAGGGAAGCUGUUGUCGGAGCCUGUGGUAGUAGCUAUUGCAGAGCGUAUCGGCAAGAUGCCAGCUCAGGUUCUACUCCAGUGGGCCAUACAGCAAGACCUAGGUGUUAUUCCGAGGUCAGGUUCCCCGACACACAUCGAGCAGAACAUUGCGUCGCUCGAUCUCGAGCCACUCGCAGAGGCCGACUUGGACGCGUUGACCAAUCUUCACAGGGGAGAAAGGCUGUGCAGGGAUCCGACAGAUAUCGUGUGAAGAAGGCAAGGCAUGAUACUGAGUACAACUCCCAGGAUGCAAAGGCUGAGUGAGGGCGCUCUGUUUUUGGCUAUUGGGUCUGUGCAGGCAACAUAGAGGGCGCCGUUUUACAAUGACCAUUAUCUGCUAGCUUUUUUUCUGACUCCAAAAACGGGUAUUUAGAGCUGUGCUGAAUACAUGUAUACCAAAUAUCCAAUUAUUUGAUCGUCCCGUGAUUAUCAGUAUUUUAACAAAAAGAAUGCCCAAAAUUUGGAGCCGUCUCAAAAUGAUGAUGAAAGUCGGUAAGGAAAUUGUAUUCUUAUAAGUUGAGAAGUUUUACUGUUUGUCAAAUGCCACAUUUUUGGACAGCCAUGAUUUGAACGUUUCUCUAAAACCUGUGAAAUGUCAGCGAGUCAGGGAGAAAAAUAUAACGAUAAAGACACAAUAUUCAGAAAGGUUUUCACCAUUUUCAACUACACAGCAAGUACGUAUAAUGAUUUUCCCUUUAAUUCGGGCGAUUCACAAUGCAGUGCGCCACCAAGAGUUUGCCACGGAGAGUUCAUUUUUCCAAGUGCAUU